ACUUAUUCCUUGUUGUUAGUGUUGUGAGUUCUUCAAUCAAAGAUAUUUGAUUCUCAAAUUAAUUUUUUACCUUGAGAAAGCUUUAGAGUAAAAAAUCAAUUGAUCAAAAUGACUAUGGCAAUGUUGCAACGUCGUGCCAAUGUAAGGCUACCACCCGAAGUAAACAGAGUGUUAUAUAUCAGAAACCUACCAUAUAAAAUCACAGCUGAAGAAAUGUACGAUAUAUUUGGCAAAUAUGGAGCUAUCAGGCAAAUUAGAGUAGGUAACACAGCUGAGACAAGAGGCACAGCGUUUGUUGUAUAUGAAGACAUAUUCGAUGCAAAGAAUGCAUGCGACCAUUUAAGCGGUUUCAAUGUAUGUAAUCGUUACUUGGUGGUUUUAUAUUAUCAGAGCAAUAAGGCAUUUAAGCGAAUUGAUGUUGACAAAAAGAUGGAGGACCUAGAUAAAUUAAAGACGAAAUAUAAUUUAAAUGAAGAGAAAAAGUAACUGAUUAAACAUUUGCGUAAAAUAAAAGCUGAGAUCUUUAAAGAUAUUGGAUUAAAAAUAAUAUAAUUAUAUAAGUAGUUUAAGCUGUAGUAUUAAGCUGUAUACAUAACACUAUGAAUUAAAUAUGAUUCAGAAUAAAUUAAAACUUUGAAUACUGUAAGUAAUAUAAAAUUUAUAUUAACGU